UAAAAUGGUGGCGGCAAGCUUUUGUUGAGUCCACUGAAGAACGUGUGUGGCAGCUAGAAACGUGUCUUAAGGUAGGGGCAUUUUUCGUCCAGGAUGGCGCAAGUAUCAGAAGACUGCCCAGUCUUGGCAAAGCUAGGGACUGGUUAUUCUCGUCGUCGCCAAGAUUGACCGAUCGACCAGGCACAUUCCCACCUCGUGUGGUCCAAGAACUCAUUGUGGCACAACUAUAUAUACCCAACUUGAUUUGUGCUCGUUCCUCUCCGAUCAGCAUUCACGCAUCCGAGUCCUCAGACAUCCAGCAAGAUGCCCAGACUCACCCAGUACAACUAUAUCUUUGCCAUAGGCACCGGCUUUGCUAUGCUGGACGCGUACAAUAAUGGUGCCAACGACGUCAGCAAUUCAUGGGCCACGAGUGUGUCCUCUCGGUCAAUCUCGUAUCGAUGGGCCAUGAUUUUGGGCACCGUUUUCGAAAUGCUCGGUGCGAUCACUGUCGGCGCUCGAACCGCGGACACGAUCAAGAAUGGUAUCAUCCCGAACUCUGCUUUUCGAGGAGAUGCUUCCGUCCAACUACUCGCCUUCACGUGCGCUCUCGCUGCCGCCUCUUCCUGGGUCAUGUGGUGCACCCGCCACUCGGCUCACGUCUCGUCGACGUACUCUUUGGUCUCAGCUGUAGCUGGUGUUGGUGUGGCCACUGUGGGAGCUUCCAAGGUACAGUGGGGUUGGAACAAGGGCAAAGGCUUAGGCGCCAUCUUUGCUGGUUUGGGCAUGGCACCUACUAUUGCGGCUGGAUUUGGCGCCUUGAUCUUUUUGACAAUCAAAUUUGUCGUCCAUGUCCGAGCUCGCCCGGUGCAGUGGGCCGUCUGGACCAGCCCCUUCUGGUUCCUCCUUGCCGCCAGUCUGUGCACCCUGUCAAUCGUCUACAAAGGGUCUCCUAGUUUGGGUCUGCUCAAAAAACCCGGUUGGUGGAAGGCUGCUGUGAUUCUGGGAACCGGAGGAGGAGUCGCUUUUCUCUCUGCGAUUUUCUUCCUGCCGUAUCUGCACGCAAAAAUCAUCAAGAAGGAUGCCAGUCUGAAGUGGUAUCAUGUCAUCAUGGGUCCUCUGCUCUGGAGUCGACAACCACCGGAGGGGUACGACGACGCUCAUGUUCCAGACUACGCCGUUGAACAACACGACCCAGACAUGGAUAAGCCUGAACCCUCCGAUCAAUCCCCCAAUACGCCUGCCACUUUCAUCGGCCAGGAAGACGAGAAGGACCUUUCUGGUGUGCCUCGUCUACCCAAGUCAGUGCUUCCUAUGCCUUCUGAGGUCAAGACCUAUGAGGAGUUGAUGGCCGAAGGUCAAGAGCGAUUUCAUGCCAAACUACGCAAAGGUCGAGGGCCUCUUGGCUGGGCCAUGCGGACUCUUCACGAGAAUCCGUACGGUCCUGGAGCAAUCUAUGAAUGGCAGAAUAUCAAGGUCUUAUUGAAGCGUGUACCCGCCAUGGUCGUUUGUGGACUGCUAUACGGCUCUCAUUAUGACAUCCACGCGGCACAGACUGGGGUGGCUGGUACCCCUGAAGGCGAUCGCAUGCAGCGAGUCUACUCAUACGCAACAAAAUAUCCCAACGAAGUCGAACAUACCUAUUCCUUCAUUCAAGUCAUCACCGCUUGCACUGCAUCGUUCGCUCACGGUGCCAACGACAUAGGCAAUAGUGUGGGACCCUGGGCUGUCAUCUUCGAGGCCUGGAGCACUGGCAAUGCUGCGGCUGCAAAGGCACCGGUCCGCGUCUGGCAAUUGGCUGUCCUGUCCGGAAUGAUCUCGAUUGGUCUCAUAACCUAUGGGUAUAACAUCAUGAAGGUCAUGGGAAACAAGAUCACCUACCAUUCUCCUUCCCGCGGCUGCUCGAUGGAAAUGGGGGCGGCACUGACCGUCCUGGUGUUUUCCACAUAUUCUCUCCCCGUUUCUACGUCGAUGUGUAUUACUGGAGCCACUAUUGGAGUGGGACUCUGCAAUGGUACAUGGAGAGCUGUCAAUUGGCAUCGAAUCGGGCUUCUGGGCCUAUCCUGGAUUGCAACCAUCCCGGUGGCCGGAACUUUGGGAGGCGUUCUGAUGGGCAUUUUCCUCAAUGCUCCUCAUUUCAAGUCCACAUAGGGGGUUCUACUUGUCAGUCUACUCGUAUGCAUGCGUUUUCGGUGAA